GGGGAGUCUAGAUUCUGUUGGAAGAAAUCAAAAGCCUAGUUGUUGGGCAUUUCAAAGACAGCGUUUACAGUGUUAACAUACUUGGUAAUCUGCAGGGGGUAGCUUUUUUAAGUUUUUUUUUGUUUGUUUUGGUAUUUUUGUUUCGUUUUACAUUGAUCCUUUGAAUAGCAUAUGCAGUUUUCAGAGUUGUUCUUUGAGCCGCUUCCUUGAAGUGCUAUAUCAUCGUAGCUUGAAACUUUGUUAUACUCGAUUUUAUUCUUGAUAGCCAGAGCUCUGUAACUUCUACGGAUUUCUACAGACAAAAGCUGUGUAUCCCAUUUUACUGGGUUCACCUUCCCAAGAUUUGCUGCCAAGUUGACUGUUACUUUUGUGAUCUCUUAAGCUAUUUUGUAGUGACAGUAGUUACCAGUUUUUACAUCCAGAGGUCUGGUGUAAAAAGAAAGGAUUGUUGAUACUUUUGGGACACAGCCUAUAUAAGAUUAGACAAAAUCCUGUGAGAGUGUCUUUUGUGAAUAUUUGCAUUGCAGAUUAGAGCUUCAGUUUUAUGUCAGAUUCUCUGAGAUUUGUCUUAAUAGCUAUUUAAAUUUGCAAAACCAUAAAAUGGAUCACAUUGUAACAGAAUUCAGGAAGAAUGGGUGCUUCAAUUUCCAAAUAAUUGGUUAAAUUCUUCCAAGCUUUGAAAAAUGUACUUUUUUACAUUUAUUUCAUAAUCUGAAAGAAGAAUAGCAUUUGGAAUAAUGGCAACAGGAGACCUAAAUGGAAGUUUAAGAAAGAUUGAACAAGGACUUCGCUUGUUAAAUUAUCCAAGAGAUGUGGAUUAUACAGUGUUAGUAAAGGGUGAUCCAGCUGCAUUUUUACCUAUCAUCAGCUAUUGUUUUACAUCUUUUUCAACUUGCAUAGCAGAGCUUUUGGUGAAGUGUGAUGUGGAACUGACAGCCAAGAGUGACUUGCGUUUUAUCGAAGCUGUUUAUAAGUUUCUUCGAGAUCAAUUUCAAUAUAAACCAAUUUUAACAAAAGAGCAGUUUCUUCAGGUUGGCUUUGCGGAAAGAAAAAUGCAAAUUGUUUGUGACAUUAUCAACUGUGUGGUGAAGAAACAUAAGGAGUUGAGUAACUCUAGUAAGGUUAAAUCCCAAACAAGAAAAAAAAUCAGACCUUUUAAAUUUGAAGUAUGGUCAAAUUGUGGUAAAGGUCUUGCUGAUCCAAGUCGCAGUUCUCUGAAUUCUAAACAGAAGCCUCUAGUCGAACGGCACUCAGGAAGUGAAGUUAGUGGUGAUCUUCAUCCACUGCCCCUUCCAGCACAGGGAGGGACUGAGGAAGAAUUGUGCCCAGAUCAUGGUAUUGUGGAAGUUAAAUGUGAACAAGUCAUAGAAGAAAAUUCACAAAUUGAGUUUUUAAAGAAUCAGCUUGCAGAUUUCCAGGAAAAGCUUCAUAAGCUAGAUUGGAUGGAAGACAAACUACAAGUUUUAGAAGAGAAACUGCAAGGAAAGGUGAUCAUAGAUGAGAAGGACUGGAAUAACUUAUUGAAUCGAGUUUUGCUUCUUGAAACAGAACUGUUGUUACAAUCCAGAAAGAGAGACUUACCUAAAGAGUUCAGCAAUAUAAAUCAAAAAAGAACUUCUAGUAGCAUUCCAGUUUCUCUUGAUACAGAGAGGAAUGAGGAGAUGCCAGAGAGUCAUCUUCAGUCGUCUGGAUGCAGUUCACUGUUAUCCACAGACCAAUCUCCCAGAGACAUGACCAUUAAUUCUCAUGAUCUGACAGACAUUUCAAAGGAGACAAUCAGACAAAGAAUGGAAAAGAUAAGUAAAAUAAUUGAAGAAACCUUCAACUUGUUCAAAACACCAAGCCCACCUCUGGGAAUACCUGCAAGCACAGAUCUUCAGACCUGUUCUCUGCACACUUACGGAUACCAGAAAUAAUCUGUAUCUUUGUACAGUGUUAAAUUUUUAAUAUAUCAAAUUUGUAAUGAUCACCAGUGCUUUUAUUGCUUUGAAUAAAUAUUUUACUCAUGCAUCUUUGUAUUGAUUUCCCUCCCCACGACCACAAUUUUUGGUUUUAAAGACUGUUCAAAUAGCUUCUUCCCCUCUCCUUGCACUUUUGUAAAUUGAAGUCAUUACAGCAGUGUAUUCUUGUGUUGACAUUUGUUAGCAGUGUGCUAAGUAAUAUGUUUUUUAAAGUGUGGGCUUGAGGACUGUGGUUUACAUCCUGUUGGAAACAUUCCAGCUGGAACUUGCAUAUUACACCCAAGAGGCAUUCUUACAUACCAUCUUACCAUCUGUACUGUUGAAUAAGUCUUAAUAAAAAACUUUCAUACAGUUUCAAAUAUGUACCUUUUUUGCUGUUUUUUAUUUUUAAAUAUAAGUUUUCAUGCUGAGCUGGAGAGCACCAACACUUUAUGGCUUCCAUUAACACUGACAAAGUGAGGGUCAGUUUGAUCCUAAACACAAAAAUGUGCAAGUAAGUCCACAGACUUUGACUGCAAGGGAUGUGUUGAGUGUUUUAGUGCUCUUACCCAACACAUUUUAAGACCAGCAGCACAGAUGGAGACCAGUCAGUAUACAAAGAAACACAACAUUUUCAUUAUUUGAAGCCAUAUUGAGAUUUCUGUUUAGAGACAUAAGUAGAUGUAAGACUUCCAUAAACAUAUGAUCAAACCAAAGAUGUGUGAGGCUUGAUUAGAUUUAUUUAAUUGUUUAUUGCUUUUUGUAAAUUGGUAGUCUAUCAUAUCAAGGUUCCUUUGUGUUUUAAUACUUCACUUUAAAAGAUUUUUGGAGUUUAAUAGACCAGUCAGAAUUUUCUGGGGGGCAGAGUUUGCAGAUGAAGGCAAAAGCAGAUGUUUGGCAUGCUGUAAAAAGUAAUUUCUAUGUUUUAACAAUAACUAUGAUUUUUUUUCUAUAACCAUAUGGAAUAUAAAUGGACUUUAUUUUACACAAAAACAGAAGAGCUUAUGGUAAUAUGUUAUAUUAAGUAGUUCUGGGUUUUUUAGACUUCUGUGAAUGGAUUUACUUUUUCAGUUGUUUAAAAAUAAAAGAACCUAUGAAGA